AUGAGCAAGCUCAGGAAGCGCAACCUCCCCCGUUCCAGCAAUACCCCGCUCGUAGACCAGCUCGGCAGCACAGAGCACAAGAUACGCAAGGAGAUUGCCAUCAUGAAGAAGCUUAGCCAUCCCCAUGUUGUCCGCUUGCUCGAGGUAAUAGACGACCCGCUGAGAGACAAGAUAUACAUGGUCAUGGAGUACCUCGGCGGCGGCGAGAUCAAAUGGCGCACACCGAACGACAAUCCCCUGCUUCGAGUAGACCAGACACGGCGCAUCUGUCGCGACGUUAUACUUGGGCUAGAGUACCUACAUUACCAGGGCAUCAUUCACCGUGACAUCAAGCCUGCCAAUCUUCUGUGGACCUCUGACCGCCGGACAGUCAAAAUCAGCGACUUCGGCGUCUCCACAUUCUCCUAUGCACAGCGUCUCGCUGCUGCGGGGAAGGGGAACAUCAAGGAGAACGACACGGACCCAAUCCUCAUGGACGAGUCCGACCUUUCCAAAACGGCCGGUACACCGAUGUUUCUAGCUCCGGAGAUUGUGGCCGACGUGACCGUGGAGGCUUCCAGCAGCGCGCUCAACCUACACGCGCCACGGAAGAAGCCUCCUAUCACUAAGGCGAUCGAUAUAUGGGCGUUCGGCGUUAUGCUGUAUGGCCUGCUCUUCGGCACCCUCCCAUUCACUGCGAACACCGAGUACGAGAUAUACCGAGUCAUCAGGUCGCAAGAUUGGGAUGUAGGCGACAAGAUGGGUCUGGAUCAGUUACCUGUCGGUGGCCGGCAUCAGAAGCGUACGAAGUGGCCUCAAGAGGAUUCCGAAGGAUUUCUUGUGGUAGACCUGCUAUCGCGCCUGCUCGAGAAAGACGCGCGCAAACGAAUUUCCCUCGAGCAAGUUAAGGUCAGUGGAUGA